CGUGUGUCUGUCUGACCACAGGUAGUAUUCAGAUUACCCUGCCCUGUUCUCUGCCAUCUGACCAGGACGGUGCUGCCCAGCCAGUCACAGCCCUGGAAUUUCCCAGGAGCUGGGGGAGCAUGGAAUUUGGACUUUCCCUGAACAACUGAAGCGGAGCUUGCCCAGCCCAGGAGAGCACCAUGGAUGGUGAACCACGGGGCAGCAACGGCAGCAAGCCCCCGAGGCUGGAAGACUCUCCGGACGUCAGGCUCCUUUCCAACCCAUUGAUGGGGGAUACUGUGUCUGAUUGGUCUCCUGUGCAUGAAGCAGCCAUUCAUGGACGUCUGCUGUCUUUGAGGAACCUCAUCAGCCAGGUGAAUGGUGUUACUACAGACUGGCAUACUCCCUUGUUUAAUGCUUGUGUCAGCGGCAGCCUGGACUGUGUGAAUUUGCUUCUGCAGCAUGGAGCCAGUCCCCACCCUGAGAGUGAUCUGGCGUCCCCCAUGCACGAAGCUGCUAAGAGAGGCCACGUGGAGUGCCUUGAGUCUCUUGUGGCUCAUGGGGGCGACGUUGACCGUAACAUCAGCCACCUGGGCACACCGUUAUAUUUGGCUUGUGAAAAUCUGCAGGUGGCCUGUGCCAAGAAGCUUCUGGAAUCAGGAGCGAGCGUGAACCAAGGCCGGGGGCUGGAUUCCCCUCUGCACGCGGUGGCCAGGGCGUCCAGUGGGGAGCUGGCCUGCCUGCUCAUGGACUUUGGAGCAGACACCCAGGCCAGGGAUGCUGAAGGCCACCGUCCCUUGGAGCUGGUGCCUCCAGAGAGCCCCCUGAGCCAGCUCUUCUUGCAGAGAGAAGGUGCUUCUUUGCCUGAAUCUAAGCCCUAAUCCAUAGACUUCUGUGGGCUCUAGCAGGAGGCAGGGCCCCCUUCUUUGAUGCAGUUAUGCCGCCUUAGAAUUUGGAAGUGCUUUGGGAUCAAGCAACAUCAUAAGAUCACCGGACUCAGCCUCCCUGAGGAGCUGAAAUGGUUUCUCCUCCACAUUUAAAUGUGUCAAGGGAAUGGCAUCACAAACAACAGACAAACGUUAUCCAGUGUUGAGGCCACUGGGAUUUUAAAAUAAAGUCAGGUUUAU